UAAGAAAAUGUGCAUUUGGAUAGGACUUACUCUAUGUCACUCCCUUUUCUUACCAUGUUGCCACACCUCCUUCUUUAACCUGGUUUAGAGUAAUUGGUAGCUUCUGUGAAGUGGACCUUGCUAAGGGAAAUUUCUAAACUCAACAAAGCGAACUUUACUAAACAUACGUGAUCAAAGAAUGGACAAAACACCCCCAGACAUCAGCUAGAUGUCACUGACCUUUUUCUUUUAUUAUUAUUAUUAUUAUUUUGCCUGAAGUUGGAUGGCUUUGAUUCAGUCAUGUGAAAUACAAAAAUGGACAAGUUAGGCAGCCAAGUGAGCGAGGUUGUAGUGCUGCCUGGGUAAUCAUCAAGAAGUUGAGGCAUAUUUACAAAUACCCCCCUACACACACAAAACAGAGAUACACACACUAUACACACUGAACAGCUGCAGCAGUUUUGAGGUAGUGGACUCAAGGAAGGCGAGGAAAGAUGGAGUGUGGAGAAAGUGUUUUCUGCGGAGGGGGUGAAUUGGAACUGGACCCUGACAUCGUAAGUGAAGAGGCGGGCAAACUCUACUCGGAGCUCCAGGCUGUGGUGGAGACCCAUGGGUCCGCCGUGGUGGAGUCCCUGGUGCCGGUGAUGGUGUGGGUGCUGGAAGGCCUGGCCAGUAGCCGGGCCCAGCUGCGAGAGCGGGAGGAGGAGGCCGAGCGGGGGAAGGUGGACCGAGAGGAGCUGAUGGAGAGGUACCAGAGCGAAAGAACUCUCAGGAGGGAGAGCCAAGAGCUGUUCGAGAAUCCCACAUUAAACGGAGUGUGGGUCAACCUGUUCACGUAUGAACCCAGGCAAAUGAACAGGCCACCAGUGACCAGAAUGUCAAGCGGUCCCAGCGGCGUCAGAAAGUCCAUCAGCGACCUUCCUUCCAUCAUCGACAUCGUGGUUCCACCCCAGUUGAGGCCAGCUGGCUCAUUGCAUGGAGGCCAGCAGCCGGAGAAGAGCAGCCUGCAGGAUGAGAUGAAGGAGCCCUCAGAGGAUGGGGAGAAAAGAGAGGAAGAUGGAGAGAACAGGGAAGAGAAGAACAAAGAGGACGCUGUGGAAAAAGAAGAUGGAGAACGAAGAGAAGAGGCAAAGGAGGAGAAGGGGGUGAUGGAAGAGGAUGUGGCAGAGGAGGACGAGGAGGAUUUGGAGAGUCUGGAGUGGGAGCUAAGGAACACAGACUCCGUCUUCUCAGAGCUGUCUGAGCUCAGCAGAGAAUACCUGGAGAGUGUGGACCAGGGAGCCAGCGUUAGAGGCAGCACUGACCAGUUUGAUGAGAUUGUUUCUCAGUAUGAGGAACUAAAACGAACCCACGAAAUGGUGGACGCAGCCAGGAAGGCCCUGAUCUGUCGCGUCGAGGAGCUGACCAAUGAGAGGUCAGCUCUUAACCUGGAGGUCAGCUCCUCUCAGGAAACCGUCGCACGAUUGGAGGGCAGAAUGAGGGAGAUGGAGGAGGAGACGAAACGACUUCGCAACGAGCUAGAAGCCAUUCAGUCAGAUGACCCUGAUGCUGUGCCCAUGUCCCUGCGGAGGUUCUCGCGGUCAGAGAUGGCGCGGGUGGUCAUGGAGAAGAACCAAUAUAAGGAGCGUCUGUUUGAGCUGCAGGAGGCUGUGAGGCGUGCACAGACUCUCAGAGUCACCAAAGAUGAGAGACCUCCUGUUGAGGACCGGAAGAGCAGUGUCUGGACAAAGUUUAACCGUCUCUUUGGCCUGGCUAAGCCCCCAAUGGCUCCGCCUGCUUCUUUAGCUAUCAAUGUGCCCACGGUGACGCCAACCUACCGGUCCCCCACCACGUCUCCACAGCGACUGUCCAUCAACAACACCCAGACAGAGGGCUCGUUCUCCCCGCGUGUGAGGAGGCGGGAGCUGUACAGGGAGAUCCGCUCCCACGUGUGGGGCACGCUGGGGAAACGCCAAGUCCAUGGGUGGAGCAUGCCUCUGUCCCACACCAAUGUACAGGACUCUUCUCUGCUCACCACUGAGCCCAAAGACGUGCCUGUGCUGGUGCAGCUGAGGCUGCUUGACCAAAGAGACGCCACAGCCAAGCUGACGUGUGCUGUUGCUGUCACCCCUGAGGUCUCCAAAGAGCAGAUGAGUUCCGUCUGGGCGCUCUCUGGUCCUGCGUCCAGUAGUGACGUCACCAUCAUUGACCCGACUCGGUCCAAUACCAUCCUUGAUCAGUUCAGCCUCCCGCCCACCUCUCCGGCUCUGUGCAUCUGUGUGGUGCCCCCUACAGGAGAGACUUCUGGAACGAUAUGGAUAGGGACUCAGGACGGGGGUCUCUUGGUCCAUCCAGCCUCCACCUCUAGACGGAGGUGUCUUCAGUCCGUCACCCUCGCAGAGGGGGUGCACUCUCUAACGUAUUCACAGGGUAAAGUGAUAGCUGGGUUAGCCAAUGGCACUCUGGCUUUCUUCAGCCACAGCAUAAGUGGCUGGGAUCUCCAAUCGAAAGAGGAGAUGUCUCUAGGUGCACCCCCUGUACAGCCCAUUCGCUGUUGCCUAGCAAAAGGGGAGGGAUUAUGGGUCGGUUACUGGAACAAGAUCCACAUGAUCGAUGUAACAAGUCGAAAAGUAGAGAAAUCGUUUACAGUGUCAGAGCGCAGUGAGCAGCAGGUGCGCUUCCUGUGUGCAGCAGGAAGUGGCGUCUGGGCUUCCUGUCGGCUGGACCCCACUCUCAGGCUGUUCGACUGGGCCACCGGCCGGCCUCUGCAGGAAGUGGAUUUGUCACCUAUGGUGACCAAAGCACUAGGUGCUGGUUUCCUGUCUCUGUCUCCCCUCCAGGUGUCUGCACUGGCUGUGAUCUGUGGGCGUCUGUGGGUAGGCAGCGCCAGUGGAGCCAUUUUCUCUGUCCCUCUCAAUCUCAGCUCUGAGUCAUCCAUCCCAUACUGCACUUUAGCCUUAGCGCAGCUAUGUUACCAUGGCCACCGUCAAGCAGUAAAGUUCAUCAUCUCUGCACCUGGCUGUCAUACCUUAUCCUCAACUGCAGAGGGUGCUGAUUCAACUUCUCAGCUUAUUUUGAGUGGAGGAGAGGGCUAUAUUAAUUUCCGUAUUGGAGAUGAUGCGAGCGAUGGAACAAACGAGAAUGCUCCUCAGCGUUCCGAACGCAGUCACAUGAUCAUCUGGCAGAGUGCUAGCCCUUCAGUGCCCAACCCUGCCCUCUGACCUUCUCUUUGACCUUUGGGUGUGGGGGAUGGAGGAGGGUUAAAACAUUUCAGCCUUAAUAUCGUUUUGCCUUGAGGGGAUGGUAGGGAGCUUUCUGACCACCUACCUGCAUAGAGUGCAGUGUAACAACCUUUGCCUGUAACAGGCCUCUCCAAAGACAUAUACUGGCAUGGAUACGCAGUUUACCUUUAUGCCAUGGAUUCAUAUCUGAGAGAUGGAAUCAUUUUGCUUUAAGAAGCAACAUACCUGGGAGGAUCCCUAUUCUUGUGAAUGUGUACUAUCUAUGCUGGUCUUAAUCUGUCACCAAGUUUAUACUUCCAAGACAACCAUGGCCACAGGCCUCAGGAUGGUGGUCGGCAUUGGUCCCCUUGUGGGGCCCUAACAUUGGUUGUCCCGUUGUGUGCCUUUCUUUUGUUGUGAACCAAAUUGCUGUGAAUUGGUCAGUAUUUAAUUUUUCUGUUUUUAAUCCAAACUCUGACAACCAGUCCUCGUGUGGCCUACUGCAAAAUAAUCAGUGUAAUUCUCUCAUGCGAGAGUCUGGCGUUUGUGACUAGCAGAAGUUUAUCCCUGCAUGCAUCAUCGACAGUCCUGUCAUAUUUAUUCAUACCUGCAUUUUGUUAGUUAAUGCAAGUUCAUCUUUAGCCACUCAGAGAUCAGAUCAGUUAACAGUGACCAGGGCUCCGUCCAAAGUGACCAGUGCUCCGUCCAAAGUAUGCUCCACCAAUUCUUCCCACUCUCCACCGUUUGUACCUCAUGAAUCAAUGAGACUCUGCUAGUUGCAAGAAGAUUGAAUAGAGGGACUCUGCUGAGCUGCUCUGGAAGGGUGUGUGUGUGCGUGUGUGUCUGUGUGUCUGUGUGUGUAUGUGUCUGAGAUAGAAGCUGAUGAAGACAAUAGUGUUGUCGUUCACUGGAUGUCUAUGCAAAUGUCAACGAAAACCCGCCAUCUCUGCACUUUGCAUGCAGAGCUGCUGGAUAAAGGCACUUUAUUCUCCUCAUGUGUGUUAUGUGACCAUCUGUGCUUUGCAGUGUAGAACUUAUCUUGUCAAACAAUGCCUAUCAGUUCUAUACAAAGAGGCCCAGCACUUGUCACUGUUCUGUUUAAGAGCCUUAGUGUAGUCAUAUACUCAUUUACACAUCCGAAACCAAUGAUCAAUGUAUUUAAUGUGUCUGCCCUGAUUUGUGUUCUGCAUUGAAAAUGAGAUUUGCAGAGGUAAACCUCUAGUUAUUGCAGUAUUUUCCAGUCUAUGUUGAGAGUGAGGCAGGAUGUCGUGUAAGGGUGAGUCUCACUUUUAUGAUAAUUUAUCAAACUAUGAAUUACUGUACGGAAACUAUGAAAUAGGUUAUGGAUAAAAUAUUUGUUUCUGUGUAUAAGUUCCAAUUAAAACCCUUUGUCUUAAGAUGAGUGGUACGGUUAAACAGAAUCAAAAAGCUGUCAAAAUCAAACACAAUGGCUUUUUCCUUUAAUAAACACACAAUAUUUAAAUCUG